GAGAGCGGAAGCGCUUUUUGUGCCAGGUUUCCGGCUCCGGGUCCCCGCGGCGGGGCCUGGGGCGGAACCGCCGCCGCCCAGAUUCUCGGAGCCGGAUCAUGGCCUCUUUGGGCUGGCGCUGGCGGCGCUGCUGCGCUUGGAGAGCAGCCUCGGGAACCCCCGGGCUCGGCGCCUUGCGGGGCUCGCCCGACGGCCGGGGAUGGCCGGUCCCCGCCCGCCCCGCAGCCGGCUUCCAAUGUCAGAUGCCUAAUUUCAAUCUUGUGAGAUGUUUAUUAUCCUUUCCGAACAAGCACAGUAUAUCACGGUUUCAUCACACAACUCGGGCGGUGGGCUGCUAUAGUAAAACACAGAGUGGUGAGAAAUAUACAGACCCUUUUAAACUCGGUCGGAGAGACCUGACUGAUUUAUAUGAAGAUAUUAAAAAGGAGUUAUUGGUAUCUACAACAGAACUUAAGGAAAUGUGUGAAUACUACUUUGAUGGCAGAGGAAAAGCUUUUCGACCAAUUGUCGUGGUGCUAAUGGCCCGAGCUUGCAAUGUUCAUCAUAACAAUUGCCGUGAUAUGCAAGCAAGUCAGCGUUCCAUAGCCUUAAUUGCAGAAAUGAUCCACACCGCCAGUCUGGUUCAUGACGACAUUAUUGAUGAUGCAAGUUCUCGAAGAGGAAAACACACAGUUAAUCAGAUCUGGGGUGAAAAGAAGGCUGUUCUUGCUGGUGAUUUUAUUCUCUCUGCAGCUUCUGUAGCUUUGGCACGAAUUGGAAAUACAACAAUUGUUUCUGUUUUAACACAGGUCAUUGAAGACUUGGUGCGUGGUGAAUUUCUUCAGCUGGGGUCAAAAGAAAAUGAGAAUGAGAGAUUUGCUCACUACAUUGAGAAGACCUUUAAGAAGACUGCAAGUCUCCUAGCCAACAGUUGUAAAGCAGAAACUGACUUUUGGACUGGAAAGAAUAGAAUAAAAACUGCUAAUGGGGAAUUAAACCUCAAGAUGAGUUGGAAAAUAGCAAGCUAUCUGACCUUGAUGAGUUCAGGUCACCAGACCCAGAUGAACUUCAUCCCAGUGUAUUUCAAAAGAAUUGGCAAAUAUGACUGCUACACUAUUGUCAGUGUUUUUUGAAUGAUUGUGGAAGAUAGGUUUAAAAAAUGGCAAAUUUUCCCCCAAAAAGGAAGAGAGUAAAAGUCCUCAAACUAUAAACUAAUGAGUUUUAUUUCUGGUUUCUAAUGAAAUUCUGUAACAUUAUUAAAAGGAUGGUUAGGGAACAUUUAGGAAAGGAAUUAGCAAUCCUAAAUAAUCAUCAUAGUUUCGUCAAGAGCAAAUAAUACCAGAUUAGUCUCAUUUCCCUUUUUUACAGGGAUACUAUGCUGGUGGAGCAAGGGAAUGCCAUACAUAUAGUUUACUUAGAUUUUAGGAAAACAUCUGAUAGUCAUUCGUGCUGUUCUCAUGAAAGAAUGGGGGGAUGUGAGCCAGAUAAUAAUAUAACAGUUGGAUUUAGACCUGGCCAUAUGGUUGAAGCCAAAGAAUAGUCAAAGGAUCAGUGCCUUUAGUGGUAACUAGUCUAAACCCCUUGUUUUAAAGAUGACAAAAUUGAGGCCUAGAGUGGCUAAGGGCCAAUGUCAGCUGCAUCUCAGAGCAGGUCCAGGGCCUCUGAUUUUCAGUGUGAUACCCUUCCCACUUUAACACGUUGCCCAACAUCAUCUUGGAAGUAGGUGUCCAGUAGAAUGUCAUGUGACCUUGCUCUGUGUCAUGGUCAUCAUGGCUUGUGUAAAGGAAUAGAUUAUUUAUUUAUUGGAUUUGCAGAUGACAGAAAAACCAGGAAUGAUAAAUAUAAUAUUGUAUAACAGAAUAAGAAUCUAAAAAGAUCUUAACUGACUAGAUUUGGGGUUAAAUAUGACAAAAUAAAAUUUGGUAGUAA